CUUAUACUUUUUUAUAGAUAUAAACUUAUUAAAUAGAUAUAAACUAGGUACAGACUACGAGUAAACUACAUAUGUAUUUAUUUAUAAAACGUAACAUUGGUAUGUAUUAAAAAAAAACUUAAUAUAUUCCUGUUAUACCGAUCAUGGAAUUUACAGUUUACUUUACACUGGACAUUCAUACCGUUAGUAUUAUUAACCAAAUUAACUUGAACCCUAAAUGGAUCAACAAUUAAAGUCCGUGACCGAAUACGUACUUAUCUAUUGUAGGUACUUAAUUGUGUACAUUCAUGUUGCAAUAUUUUGUUAAAGACUAUUUUUACUUAAAUAUAUCUUAAUAAAAAUUACUUUGUUAAACGAUUUAAUAAGUGCUUUGAGUGUUUGAAAAUUUUACGAUUUUGUUCGUGACAAUUAUAAAUAACUGCACUUUUACUACCUGAAAAUUAAACAGUUACAAAACAAUACCAAAUCACUAAUUUCGAACGUAAUGGUGCAAUUUUGCUUAAAGCCAUUCAGUUUGACAUUUAGAAGUGCCGGAAUGGUUUGUGAUUGGCGGUGAAUGUUCUACACGGGAUCACUAUUGGCGUAGACGAAGGCCGCGAGGGGGUGCGGAGAGCGAGGCGCCAUUACGAACAAUGGCCGUCCGAAUGGUCGUUAGCAAAUAGCUUUUAUCUCUUUCUAAUAUAAGCUACGCAGGUAGGAAUUAAUGAGACGGAGAUGGUUCCGGCGCGACCGCCGCAAAUGCGUCCGUCCCGCUCGCACGCGCCGCCUCAACGGCGCGCGGCAGCGGCAACGCUCGCCACGACGCGACGGGGAAUUCGGAGUCGUAGAGCCUCAUACGCGGGUCAUAAACGAUUCGCGGCCAUAGUAGUGCACGCGCGAGAAUCGAUCCGAAUCGCCCGGCGAUAAACGCAUCUCCCGCGAGGCGAUCGUCGCGCGCCGCGUCGCCGAGCGAUGAGUUCCAAGUUCAUCAUCGAUAGCAUGCUCCCGAAGUACCACCAGCAGUUCCACCACCAGAACUUAUUCGCGGGUGCUGGUGCCUCGCCGAUCGAGGCGUCGCUAUCGUCGUCGCUGUCGUCGUCGUUGUCGACGUCGUUGAGUUCGUCGCUAUCGGGAGGCUUGGGGGCGGCGGCGCUGGGGGCCGGCUCGCCGGGCAACGGGAGUCCGCAGCGCUCGUCGAGCUCAUCCUCGGCCUCGCCAGGGGCGCCGGCGAGGAUGUAUCCAUACGUGUCACACCACCAGCAGUUCGGGGGCUCGGUGCCGUUUUCGGCCGGAGGAGGAUUGUCCGCAGCGGACGACAAGAGCUGCCGGUACCCGACGGCGGUGGGUGCGGACCCGAUGUACGCCCUGGGACAACACAACGGAGGCGCGGCGGUGUCGGCGGCGUCGGCGAGCAUGGCGGCGGCGGCGCAGUUCUACCACCAGGCCGCGGCGUCGGCGGCGUCGGCCGCGUCGGCGGCGUCGGUGGACGCCAUGGGCGCUGCCUGCUCACAGCCCUCGGCACAGCCUCUCCCCGACAUUCCGCGGUACCCCUGGAUGUCCAUCACCGAUUUUCCAUUUCCAGAUUGGAUGAGCCCCUUCGACCGCGUGGUCUGCGGUGAGUUCAAUGGGCCAAACGGUUGUCCACGACGGCGGGGCCGACAGACCUACACAAGGUUCCAAACGUUAGAGCUAGAAAAGGAAUUCCACUUCAACCACUACCUGACGCGUCGGCGUAGGAUAGAGAUCGCGCACGCGCUGUGCCUCACGGAGCGGCAGAUCAAGAUCUGGUUCCAGAACCGGCGCAUGAAGCUAAAGAAAGAGCUGCGCGCCGUCAAGGAGAUAAACGAGCAGGCGCGCCGCGAGCGCGAGGAGCAGGACCGCAUGAAGCAGCAGCAGCAGGAGAAGCAGGCCAAGCUCGAGCACCACGGGCACCACGUCACGCACCACCACGACCCCAUGAAGAUGCCCCUCGACAAGGGCUCCGGAGACCUCCUCAAAGUGAACAAGGUCCCGACGUAAGGCGUUCCUUGCUAGCAAAUCUUGACUGAUUCUGUAUCAUAUAGUGUGAAUACAUGAAUGCGAGUGCGUCUAAGGACGGCGGACUACGUUAGUCGUUUCGUAUCCACUAGUUUUUAUGUUUUGCGGCUGAUUUAGUCGCCUCGUUGUGGAGGCGUGUGACUCUGUAUAUGUUCCUUUAGUGCGGAGGCGGCCGCGGGCCCGCGGGCGCGCGGACCGCGGCGCGUCGUGGACAGGCUGGUGAUGUGCUUUAAGCAUUUAUUUUGUUGCCAUAACCACACAUUGUAUUGCAAUAAUAUUUUACUAAAUUAACAAAAUCGCUCUAGGGUUUACACGGAGCCAGAGCGAUGAUCGGUAUUGUUAGUUAAGAUUUUAAAUCUGUGAAUCUCAUAGUAUUUAUUGCUACCACUUACUAUAAUCCAUUAUGUUAUAUUUUUUUAUUAAUAGAUAUAUUCUGUACAUUUUGAUGUAAAUUUUAUUAUUUGUCCGCUCUCAGUGGACUGUUAUGUUUUGUCGGUCACAUUUUUUUAUAAUUGUAAAAUUUGUUAUAUUUAUCGAUUGAUUUCAAAAGGGUUGACUCCUUUCAGUUUUUGACCAGUUGUGAUUCACACCAGUAGUUAGGAUCAUAAAUUGUUGUUUAUUUGAUUUUAUGUUUAUAGGUACAUAGUGCUAGAUCUGCUGCUUGGUCAUACCUAUUGCCUAUAUUGUUUACAAUAGUACAUAUAUCUUCAUUCUUUAUUGUAUAUACCUUCAUUAUUAAUUCCAUGAGAAGGUAAAAUAAAUAAUUAGUAACAAAAUACGUAUCGAAGUACAAUUGCAAAUAGGUCUUCGUCAUUAGUUGGUACUAACGUUAUAUGUUUGCGUUUGGUCUUCGGACCUGAUAUUGAUUCGAAUUAGGCUGUAUUUUUUGAUAAAUAUAGUCGAAAAAUUCCUUGUCCAUAUACUCAAAAUAAAGGUACCUAAACCAAAAAAAAUAUGAACAAAAGAAAUAUGACUUUCGAAGUGUUGUCCACAAUCAGGAAUCAUCUGAUGUUCAAAAUUAUAUACGUAACGAUGAAACAUAUAAUAAAUAGGUAACAAUAAUGUGACUAAAUAUAAAAUUUUACACGUAAUUUUAAAAGUGGAGUAGAUUAAGUGUAUAAUACAUAGAUAAUAAUAGGCCCGACUUUGUAUGAAUUAUUGAUAAACCUGUGUCUAGAGUAAUAUCUACACGCGCUAUUUAACAUUAUUUCAGUAUUUCUACUUAUUUCAAACAACAAUUUUUUAUCUAACAAAUGGAAAUCAAAGCUCAAAAUUCCAUAAAUUAACCAUCUUUUAAACCGCUUAUAUUUCACUCUUAAUUUACAAUUUCGUAUUGUGCCAAAAUAUAUUUAAAAUAAUUUAUAGCAUAUCUCAUCGCUCCCUUCUCACUUGAUUUUAUUUUCGCGAAACCACAAUGUAUCAAAAUAUCUGUAAACUUCAAUACGUAAUCCGAACAAAAUUAGAUUAAAAAUUUAGUGUUGAUAGUCACCAUAUACGUAAAUUAAAUGUCAGGGUAGAAUAAAAUGAAAAAUAGUGAAUAAAUAACUGUAUGAAUUUGAAUUCUUCGCUUAUCAAAAGUUUUGAUAGAUCAUCUCGCAAUAUCUGUCCACUUGUAUUAUUCGGGAAGUUGUAUAUCUGUAGCUAUAGCGGUUACAGAUAACGAGUAUAUGUCGUGAUAUCAUUAGCAGAAGAUAAGUCGUCGGUAAGUAGGUGUAAGUUCUGCGACACGGGAGAUACGCAUAUAUUCAUCCGAACUCAAUCUACCUGAAAAAAAUUCUCAAAAUUAUUAUUUUUUUAACAUGUUUUUUUAAAGGAGACUUUCAUGCAGCGACACGAAAAAAGUGGUUGUUACACGAGUCCAUUUUAGCGUUUAUUCCCUGCAAAGUAUUACGUAAAAUAUUAAUUACCACAUCUUAAAUUGUAAAAUUUAUUAUUUUAAGCGAACAAAAAGCAAAGUUUUUCUAUUAUUUAUUUUGUCAACGGUGUGACAGAAAAAUACUAUAAGGAAUAGGUUGGAUUACAAUCCCUUAAUAUAAGUACAUUUCAAAGGUUAUUCCAAUAGUUUUCUGUAGACUGGAAGAAUGUAACCGUGUGGAGGUCAGUCAUUAACAUAUUUUAAAUUUGGUUUUACUUUUAGACUGCAUUAAAUGCGUUGAUGUCUUCAGGCUGAUAAAGGAGACAAAUUUUAGCGAAACGCCAUAAAGAUUGACAUUUUACAAGGAUCGUUGUGUUUUCGUUAAAAACUUGUCUAUGCUGAAUCACUUGUUGACCUUCGUGCAAUAAUUACAAAUACCCUUUAACCAUAAAUAACCCAUAGUCUUCGUAUAAAAAUAAGGUUGUCGUUAGUAAUAGAAAUUUAUCUCAUUCUAAAAUAAAAAUCGAGAAUGAAAAUCGAACAAAAUGUACUUAAGUAACUUCGGUAUAAGUAGGCUUUAUAAAUUAUAAUGCAUAGGUAAUAAAUAUCUUAGAUAUCUGAUGGUUAGUAACUAUUAAAAGCGCUUGAAAUUAUUUGGUAUUGUUCGCAUAGUGCAAGGGCAGUCAUCAAUCUAGUACAAAGAUCGAUACGCAAUGGGUUAAUCUAUGUUAUGUGGUGCUACCGGCCUCCGAGUGAACUUAGAUUUCGCCAAAAUAUUUCAGUCAACGCAGUUCAGAGACAGAAAGAGUCCAUUGUUUGUCUGUCGGAGAUAUUGGUCUACUAUUCGGAAUGCACGCGGAAUUCAUCAGACCGGACGUACACACUGCAGGUCUAUUAUGGUCGCGGUUUUAUGGUUUGUAGCUGCGGAUGACACACACUUCACUUACGCUUACAUACUUGUCAGAAGAGGAUUGAAGUCUCAUCCAAAACGAUAAAAAUGCGACCAUACCAGGGCCCACUGAAAAAUAAUUGAGCUAGACACAACGUGUGUAUACGAAUUAAAUUGUUGCAUUUUCUAAGCCGUUAAGGUUUGCGUUUAUUCCGUUUGUAAUUGUUUUAUUGAUAUUUUAUGGGUAUGUGCAAAUUAGGAGCCGUUCGCGAAGUUAUAAGGAGUACAGCUUUGUGCCUAAUGGUACAUUUAGUUCCGUACAACAAUAGGUAGAACUUGUAACAUAGUAAGGAUAUUAACGUGUAUGUACGUACGUCCAUUGAUUUACGUCGGGUUCACUUUAUUGUUUCUGCCUCGUAAAGAUGUGUAAUUCAUGUGAAACAAUGAGCAAUUUGCUAAAUAGAUUACAUACAUUCGUCCUCCAUCGGUAAUGCUGUCUUGCCAUUACUAGUAUUCGUAUAUAGGUAGGUUGUACCUGCCGGUAGGUUUCUGUUUCCUGUGAAGUACCUUGUUUGUAUCCUAAAUAAGGUUCAGUUCCAUGUUUUGUUACUUUUAAAUAUCGUUUGGGAAAUGUCGUUGAAGAUAUUUAAUAGCUUACGUUUUUAUUUUUUAUACGCAGAAUAAUAAACUAUUACUUCAAAUUCAUUGUCUCUUUUGUUAUCUUACAUAGUCACGAAAUUGUGUUUCUAUUAAGUUUUCUGAUUGUUAUUCAACGUUUAGUUAACCUAUCUGUGUAUAAACAAAUCUUCCGUUAAAUGUUUUAACUCUAAAGUAACGACAUCCCUUUUAGUUUUAUAUAAAUACUUCAAUAAAGUUUUAUCUUAAUAUAACUGUAGCUAUGUAGUGAGUAUGUAUCUAUAUCUAUAUUUUUGAAAAUAGUAGAUAAUUAAAGCGUCUUAAAAUAACUGUAAAUAUUCGUGAAAGUUUUAUGUGGCGAAUUAUUUUCGUUUUAUACUUUUGUUUUAUGUUAUGUAAUGAAAAUGUGUCGUACUGGGGCCACCAGCAUAAGUAGACCCUUGCAUCCGAAGUAAUUGUAAAGGAACGGGUGUCUGGUUGUGCUGGCGAGCUCGGGCACGUCGUGACUGUGUCGUGGUAAAUAAGCAAAUAGUUGGGUGAUUGUAUAUGAAACCCGCAUUCAAUAUUGUAAUAUUAAUUUCAGAAAUUCAAGAGAAUAAAGAGUUAAUUAAAACAUGGCUAUUUAA